AGACAUGCACAAACACAAUAAGGAAACAUUAAUCCUAAUUAAGACAUGCAUCCAACAUUUCCAAUCUUUCAUAAAGAUCCGCCUUUGGUGGUUGCAACUUGCUCUGAAAGCUUGUCUUGUUUUCGUUCGAAAAAGCAAAAAAAAUAAAACAAAGCUAAAGCUUAAACCUUUGGGGUUUUUAAUUCCAUUUUUAAUCAAUAUUUUCCAAUAACUACUCGCAGUUGGUCGUGGUCUUCAAGUAAAAUCCGAAUUCCUUCGCCUUUUUUGUCAAUUGGGUUCCAAGAUUUCACAAGGGCAGUCCACCAAAAUCGCCAUUGAUGCUUGCAUAAAGCUUCUUCUCCACAGCUUUCUGGGUUUUCUUCAAUGCUACUUCUGAAGCUGCAGAUCUGCCAUGGAAGAACACCAUAGUGCUGCAGCAAAGCUUGCUCUCUCACUCCUGCUUCUCUCACUUGCUUCACUUGCUCUGAGCGCUACAGACCCGAACGACCUAGCAAUUCUCAACCAGCUGAGAAAAAACCUGCAAAAUCCAGAGCUCCUGGAGUGGCCGGAAAAUGGCGACGACCCAUGUGGGGCCAGUUGGCCCCACGUCUUCUGCGCCGGUUCGAGAGUGUCCCAGAUUCAAGUCCAGAACCUUGGCCUGAAGGGUCCUCUGCCCCAGAACUUGAACCAACUCACUGAGCUCUCAAACAUUGGCCUCCAGAGGAACCAGUUCAGUGGGCCCAUCCCUUCCCUCAAAGGGCUGUCCAAGCUCCGGUUUGCUUACUUGGAUUUCAACAACUUCACUUCGAUUCCUGUCGACUUCUUCGAAGGCCUCGAUUCUCUUGAGGUUUUGGCGUUGGACGGCAACACUUUGAAUGCCACGACAGGCUGGAAUUUCCCUCCUCAGCUGGGGAACUCGGCGCAGUUGCAGAAUCUUAGUUGCAUGAGUUGUAAUUUGGCCGGUCCGUUGCCCGAUUUCGGGAACAUGUCGUCCUUAACGGUUUUGCAACUGUCGGGCAACGGACUGUCCGGCGGCAUCCCGCCGAGCUUUAAGGGCCUGAAUUUGCAGAUUCUUUGGCUAAACAACCCAACCGGCGACGGAUUGAGUGGUCCGAUUGAUGUUCUGACCACAAUGGUGCAGCUCAACAGCUUGUGGCUUCACGGGAACCAGUUUUCCGGCGUGAUUCCGGACAGCAUUGGUAAUUUAACUUCUUUGAAAGAUCUCAAUCUUAAUCAAAACCGAUUUGUUGGUUUAGUUCCUGAUGGUUUGGCUAAUUUGGCACUUGAUAGAUUGAUCUUGAACAAUAAUCAUUUGAUGGGUCCAAUCCCGAAAUUCAAAGCUCGCAAUAAGAGUUUUGAUAUGAAUGCGUUUUGUCAAUCUACUCCCGGGGUUCCUUGCGCCGCGGAGGUUAUGGCACUCAUCGAGUUCCUUGACGGGUUGAAUUACCCUUCAACGCUUGUUUCUAAGUGGUCUGGUAAUGAUCCGUGCGGGUCGUGGUUGGGAGUGAGUUGUGGGAACAAUGGGAAGGUGUCUGUUAUAAAUCUGCCCAAGUAUAAUCUGAAUGGUACCUUGAGUCCUUCGGUUGCGAACUUAGAAUCUCUUGUUCAAAUUAGGCUUCAGAAUAACAAUUUGCAAGGUUUUGUUCCUGACAAUUGGACUAGCUUGAAAUCCUUGACUGAGUUGGAUCUUAGUGGGAACAAUAUUUCCCCUCCAUUGCCGAAAUUCAGUAGCACUGUCAAAGUUUCCGUUGAUGGGAAUCUUUUGUUUAAUGGUAAUCCAUCUGCGGCGGGUGCUGCACCAAAGGGUAGCCCUUCUUCAUCGACAGCACCAAAGGAUAACCAUUCCUCGUCGACAGGCUCAGGCUCUCGUGUCAAUGGUACUUCUGAACCAAACCAACAAAAAGGAUCGAAAAGGUCUAGCAUUAUUUUUAUUGUAGCUCCGAUUGCAAGUGUUGCUGCUAUUGCUGUUUUGCUUGUACUUCCUUUAUCUAUGUACUGCUGUAAGAAGAGAAGAGACGCAAUCCAGAAUUCAAGUUCACUUGUAAUUCACCCGAGAGAUCCAUCUGAUCCGGAUAAUAUGGUUAAGGUUGUUGUUGCCGAUAAUACCCAGGGAAGCGCUUCUACGGUUACAGGGAGCUCUGCAAGCAGAAACAGUAGUGGUAGAGCUGAGUCUCAUGUCAUUGAAGCUGGGAAUCUCAUCAUAUCAGUUCAAGUUCUUCGAAAUGUGACAAAGAAUUUCGCCCCAGAAAAUGAGUUAGGCCGUGGUGGCUUUGGGGUGGUUUACAAGGGAGAAUUGGAUGACGGGACAAAAAUAGCAGUGAAAAGAAUGGAGGCUGGUGUGAUUAGCAACAAAGCGUUGGAUGAAUUCCAGUCUGAAAUUGCAGUUCUGUCAAAGGUUAGACACCGUCAUUUGGUAUCACUUUUGGGUUAUUCCGUUGAAGGAAAUGAGAGAAUGCUCGUCUAUGAAUAUAUGCCUCAAGGGGCUCUGAGCAGGCAUCUUUUCCAUUGGAAGACCUUCGAAUUAGAGCCACUCUCUUGGAAGAGGAGGCUAAACAUUGCCUUGGAUGUUGCUAGGGGGAUGGAUUAUCUUCACAAUCUAGCUCACAAAAGCUUCAUACACAGAGAUCUUAAAUCAUCAAAUAUCUUACUUGGUGAUGAUUUUAAAGCAAAAGUUUCGGAUUUUGGAUUGGUGAAACUGGCUCCUGAUGGUGAAAAAUCUGUUGUGACCAGGCUUGCCGGGACUUUUGGUUACUUAGCACCAGAGUAUGCUGUGACGGGAAAAAUCACAACAAAAGUAGAUGUCUUCAGUUUCGGGGUUGUGUUAAUGGAGCUAUUAACCGGAAUGCUGGCACUAGAUGAGGAUAGACCUGAAGAAAGCCAAUACUUGGCUGCAUGGUUCUGGCACAUAAAAUCGAAUAAGGAGAAACUCAUGGCUGCUAUUGACCCAACUCUUGAUAGAAAAGAAGAAACAUUUGAGACCAUUGCUAUAAUUGCAGAACUUGCUGGGCACUGCACUGCAAGGGAACCCAGCCAAAGACCGGAUAUGGGCCAUGCCGUGAAUGUAUUGUCCCCACUUGUUGAAAAAUGGAAACCUGUUGAUGAUGAGAAUGAGGAGUAUUCUGGGAUUGAUUAUAGCCAGCCGCUUAACCAGAUGGUGAAGGGUUGGCAGGACGCAGAAGGAAAGGACUCCGGUUAUCUGAGCCUGGAAGACAGCAAGGGGAGUAUACCGGCAAGGCCAACUGGCUUUGCAGAGUCUUUUACUUCCGCUGAUGGUCGGUAAAGGAGGUACUUUUGUUCGGUUCAUUUUCCUUUCUAGAGGUUGUUUUUCCAUCCUCUGUUAGGUGUAGAUAGUAUGUUGUGUUAUGAUAUCUGCUUGGGGAUUAAAUGUCAAUAUAUAUUUUGUGAUGUUGGUUUUGAGUUGGAGAUUUUGGUAGAGAUCUCCCGUGUAAGCUAUGAUAUAUUCCGCUUUUAAGAUUUUACGCGCUAAUGCUGUAGAUAAAGCGCAAUUAUGAACGAGAACUGGUUCCUUUUGCUCUUAAUCUUUUACUUUAAAUUC